AUGGCACUCCAAUCCAAAAGACCAGGCACGUCCGAUUCAAACCGUACACAAGUCCAAGAUCUUUCAAAGAGCGACAGUGGCGAUGUCCCUGGCGGUUCGAAGCACAAGUCGGAAGAGGCUCAACCGGGGCAGCUCUCUAAGCUAGAAUUAGUGCCGUUCUCGCAUGGAUUCUGGUCGCCCGAAGUUGCGAUGCAGCGUCAAAUAUACAUGAAAGGUAUAGCGGCGACCGUCGUACUUCUCAUCUUCGUCAUGUGGAUAGCGACCCUUUUUCUUUGGCUCUUUGGCGCACCAACGUUCCUACUCCUACAAGCUCUCCUCCUGGUUUAUAAACAAAGACUAUUACUCGAACGGAACAAAGGGAGAAAUCGGCCUCUUUUCCAGAAUGCUUUUGAGGAGAACAUAAGGUCGAAGACGAAGGCUAAGUUGGGAUGGAGUAUACCAAUCGCCGGUGACCGGUGGGAAGAUCAAGAGAUCCAGAGAGGGGUCUUGGAGGAGAAAGUUUGGGUAGCCGUUGUUGUACAACCACUGGCUUCCCAGAAUUUAACACUCGCCCGUCUAACGGGCGACAGUACAUACAACUCCUCCGCCAUCAUAACAGUCUAUUACACCCAAGCUCGAAACGAACUUGCCUCUGCCAAUUUCAUCGUUCCUUAUACACAAUCAUUAUUGGUUUCCACUAUAAGUCGGUUUGGGGUUGUGAGUGUUGGAGAAUUCCUUGGGAAUUAUGGUGCGAAUGGGACAAUGAUGGGAAAUGUUGCGAGAGCUCCACAAACAUUGAGUGCGAGCGUUGGGUUUACGAUGGUCAAUUUGAGACCUUAUAGUACUCCUGUUGCUUCGGCACUAACGCUCGUGGGGUCCAUUUUAGUCAUUGUCUUUGCCUUUACAAUCACCAUGGCAGGCUACGCUGCCCGUCAAGCAAUCGAACCGUAUUCGUACGCGGGGGGCUACUUUUGUUUUUGGGCGAUCACUUAUUUGAGCAUGACGGCACUUGGACUUGGGACUGAAGCGAUGGUGACAUUGCUCACACAACGAUUCAUCACGUAUUUUUUGGUGGUAUACCUUAUCACUGAUAAACCCUUCACGGACAGUAACGUAGGUCAAGCGACCCGUACUCUCAUCUUCAACACCAAGAACCACUUGGGCCUUAAUGCCGCUGUACUCAUUGGUUGGAUCUUACUCUCCAUGUGUACCACCGUGCUUUUCCAAUACCUGGUGCGAAGAGUUGCCAUGAAGGAUUAUCUCAGUCUUAAUAAUGGGAGGAAGGUUGGAGAGGAGGAGGUUGGUCUUGAGGGUGGCAAUACUGGGCCAGAGUCACUACCCCUGUCCGAAGAUAGAAAGAGACAGCAUCCGCCUAGAAUAGAAAAGACGAAAGAGAUUAUGGAUAGGGAGGCGAAGGAGUAA